AUGACUGUUUGUUAUUGGAUGUAUCUUCUAUCAGUCGAUAUUAUAUGUGAUCCUACAAAUAAAAAUCCUAAUCAAUAUAAUCCAAUUUCUUACUGUAUACGUCCAUUUGGUACGCCAUUCACCCUAUUAGUAAAUCACGAAAACCGUGUCAAUCAUGGAAAAUCAAUUACAUUCGAAACAUUACGUAGAGAAAAUAUAACAAGUCAACAAUUAUAUUUAUUAUCUGCGUCUAUUGAUGUUAUUGAACGAUAUCAAGAAUUUCUCGAAAAGCCAAAUUCAUCUUUAUCAACGGAAGUAUUUAACAAUUGUUCAGAAUUGUGGUUCGGUGAAUAUUGUCAAUAUUCAUUUAAUUUGACAUGGGCUUUCGAUAGAAUUCUGUGGACUUAUUUGAUGUAUCCUAAAGAAGAAAUAAAUAAUGAAAUCAAGAAUGGAACAUGUUAUAUAUUCAUAGAAUAUAAUCGAGGUCCAUCACCAUCUUGUCUCGACUGGCGCGAAAUAUGUGAUGAAAAAAUCGAUUGUUUGAAUGGUGGUCAAGAUGAAAUUGGCUGUGACAUAUUACAUAUAAAUGAAUGCAAAGAGAAUGAAUUUCGUUGUAGCAAUGGAUUUUGCAUUCCAAAAGAAUUUUUUAAUGAUGAUUCUUCAAAUCCAGAUUGUAUCGAUCGUUCGGAUGGAAAGUAUAGCGAUACGGAAUAUAUUAAUUCAAUGAACUCCGAGUGCCAGGCAGAUCCGAGAUUCCAUUGUGAAGAAGUAGCAUGUCGAAAUGAACGUUUCCUAUCAUGUGGUGAUGGUAUAUGUACUGCGAAUGAAUGUAGCACCCAGCGUGACAUUCAAUUAAAGACAGCAAAAAUAUCUCAAAAUGCAAACUCUCAUUUAUCAUUUAAUUGUUGGAGAAGUUUGAUUUGUUUGACAAAUAGAAAUCAUGGUGAUGAAAAUCUCCUCAGUCAAGUGAAAUGUGAGGUGAAAACUAUCAAUGAAAAUCUCUUUAGAAAAACCUGUCCACCACUUUUCUUCUUUCCUGCUCAGCCAAUAAUGCUGAAUCAUGUUCGCUUUGUCUAUGCAAAUAAUCUAACAAAUAAAUAUGAGUUCGAUAUUCUUUUACCUCAUUAUGUAUGUUACGAUCACGAACUUUGCCAAUGGAUUCCAGCUACUAUAAUGAUACAUGGAUUAACUUGUCGAAAGUCUUCUGAAUUAGAUAUAGAUAAAGCAACUCUAACUGUAAUUAAUACUUUCCAGAAUCGCAUAUUAAACUUUUUUCUGAUGUGUUCGACCACAAUGACUAAUUUUGUUAAUUGUCCAAAGUCAAAACCAUUUCGAUGUGCAAAUUCAUCGAAAUACAUCGCUCUGAAUCGACUUGUCGAUGGUUUUCGCGAUUGUUUUCAAGGAGAUGACGAUCGAAUCACAAAUAGUUGUUCGUUUCGAACUGUUCAGGAAUGAUCUGAUCCAUAUUUAAUGCAUUUAUGUAUUCCUCUUCCUAUAUAUCACCAAUUUUGUCAUUAGAUAUCGGUUGGAAUAUCAAAUUUGGACUAAUAUUAGGCUAAGGGAACCAAUAGUUCCUCUGAAAAAUAAUUGGUCUAUUUAUGAUACGAAAGCGUAAAAUGCAUGCAUUCAUUUGUACCCAGGUCAAAGAUGCCCGGCAGGAAACGAUAGGAUCCGGCGAAAUU